AUGGACUCUUUCAACAACCAGGGCGAGCAGGGCUUCAACUCGGGCUCCCAGAACCAAGUUCAGAGCACCGGCCAGGAGGACUACGUCGACAAGGGUCUCGACGCCUUCGAGAAGAAGGAGGGUCUCCCGGAGAACCGCGGUAUCAACGAGAAGAUCACGGAUACUGCUCGCAACAUGUUUGAGAAGGACACGGGCGUCGACGUCCCGGACAAGUUCUCGAACUAA